GGGCUGGGCCAUGGCGGCGCCGUUUGUGUACCUCCGCCCCACCGUCAAGGAUGACGGCACCGGUAUUAUAAAGAGACUUACCAAAAGAAACGGCGACCUGUCGGCGCUUUUUUCUAUCAACACGAAUGGAUGUAAUGUGUUGCGUCUCGCGACAUGCGCAGGCCAUUUAGAGGUUUGCAGGUACCUAGUGGAGGAGCUUGGAGGAGAUGUAAAUGCUCCUGGGUUUGGGGAUACAGCUCUAGGUGCGACUCCAUUUAUGGUGUCUGCUCAGUCUGGUGAUGUUGCUACUGUCAAGUAUUUUCUUGAUCAUGGUGGUGAUCUUGUGAAAGCAGAUGACAAAGGGCGCACAGUUCUCCACCAUGCUGCGGGUAUAGGAUGCUGCAAGGUUAUAGAGUUCCUCCUGUCAAAAGGAGUGCCUGUUGACAUAGACUGUGGCCGUGGAACACCACUCUUUUGGGCUGCCAGUAAUUUGUUCAAUGCUUGUGCCCAAAUUUUUCUAAAAAACCAUGCGAAUCCUAACAUCAUCAUCAAUGGUACUACCAGUCCCUUUAUGAGUGCUCUUGCUUACCGUUCAUUGAAGUGCAUGAAGCUACUCAUUAAGGCUGGUGCUGAUGUCAAUUGCAAUGGUUCCAUGUUGACUCCAUUGUUGCUUGCUACGAUGCAUGGAGGUUAUACCAACUUCAUUAAGCUCCUAUUAAAGGCUGGAGCAGAUCCUAAUAUUCCUGAUGAUUUGGGUAGGUUUCCAGUAGAGCUUGCUGCAAUACGCGAUUGCAAGGAAGAGGUUGAAAUGUUAUUUCCUGUGACUUCUCCAAUUCCAAAUGUCCCAAACUGGAGUAUUGAAGGAGUAAUUUCUCAUGCGAAAAUUGAAGAAAAGAAGCCAAUUGAUCAACGGCACCUUCAAAGAAGAAAAGGUUUGAUCAAGUCAAAGGCUGAUACGGCAUUCAAGCAGAAGGAGUAUAAGAUAGCAACAAAGAUUUAUGGUGUAGCAAUAGAAUGUGCUCCAUAUUCUGCAGUAUUACUGUCUUACUGA